AUGUGCACACAUACAACAUGUGGAGAAGCACAUCUUUUGUGCUCCCUUCGGAUAUGGACGAGGUGGUUUAAGGACUGUCGCAGUAGAGCUGGCCACUACGAGGCAUGGAAGGGAGAGAGAAACAGCAGUUUGGCUCAACGAGUCAGUCGUGAAGAUCAGUCGGCGGAGUCAUCUGACGGCUCUGUCGCGUAUGCCUGCAGAGACGCUACGACACAAAGUCUGCGAACGGUCAAAGAGACCCUUGACGAGGCCCCAAAGCCGGGCAAAAGUCUGCGAGGCGGCAUCAGUGUCUGCCGGCAGUCUGUCAACCGACCGGUGGUGGGCGUAAGGGCUAGAGGGUCUCGCCCGAGCGGGCCAGAGACUGGCCGGACCGGAGGUGGAAUCGGGACGCAGAACGGAGACCACCGCCUCCGAGCCUCAUUUGCUGUCCUCUCCCGGUCAUGGGGGGGACUAACGAAUGCCCGCUGUGCUGCCGGGAUCACCGGCAACAAGAUGGACGGAUGGAGCGACGAAGGGAGGGAGGGAGGAGGCGAGCGAAGAAGACCUGCAGAGUGUCCACUUCUGUCUGGCAACAAUCAAGUUUCUGUCAGUGCUUCUCCAAAUGAACUUGGUCCACCGUCCAGCAAACCGGAGAGAAAACUGUACAUGCUCCGCUGGAUGAGUGGGCGAGCACUACACUCGGGCCGGCAGGGACAAGAGAAAGCGAUGGUUUGCCCGAGUGAAUGA